AUGACCAGCUUGUCGGACCUCUUUUGCAUGAAGUGUGCGAUCGAAAUGGAGGCGCUUAAGCGCGCCGGGGCGGACGGAAAUGGCGAUGACAGGGUGGACUACGACGAAAAACGUGCGUUCUGCUCGCGCUCAUCAGCGUCCGGAAGCGACGGCUCGUUUCUCCAGGUACAGUUUUCGCUAGUGCUAGCAAAAGGAAAAGUCACCAGAUUUGUCUUGCAGUGGCGCACUACAGGCAUAUGCCAAGCCUGAUUCGCGAGGUUUUGACGUAGGCGCAUGGAGUGACAGAUGUCUGCGCUGCAAGCCCAACAGCACCACAAACCGCCUGUAUAAUGUGGCGGACCCUGCUCUUUCUAGAUUUUCUCUCUUGCGAGACAGACAGGAUUUCUGGCCACAAAUCUGCGACGCAAAUUUUCAGAGCAUGGGCGCGUUUUCAAUAUGGGGAGGGGAGAUUUUUCCUCACAAUAGAUGCAAUUUAUUUUUGUGGGCCAUCGAUUCGAGUAUACUUACAAUAUUGAUAUACGAAUUUAGCAGCCUACGUUCUUGCAGCCAGUGUAAAAAACCAAGAGAAGAUCCGAAAACGGAAUGAAAUGACGACAUUCUGGGCAAAGUCUCCAUGCCAAAAAAAAAACAACAACAUGGGGCUGGUCAGUCCCCAAUCCAACCACGCCCGGCCCAGCAACCUUCAUCUUCUUGGAUGCCCUCUUUAUUUGGUUGCUGUGGCAGACAGCAGCCCAAUACAACGAGUACUCCAACUCCGGCAAUGAAGCUGAAGAACCUGAAGUGGUGAUUACUCGUGGGAGCAGUAUGGAGGACAUGCGCCAGCAAUUGAGCUUACCUUUUAUUUUUCCAACUUGAUGCACGUCCUAUUCCUGAGCGUAACUUCGAGGUUUAGGAUUUGCGUCAACUCUAAAAGGUUAAAACUAAUCUCCAAGCUGGCGCCUGUCCCUCCAUGACCAAUGGCGGUGUCGAGGAAGUGUACGACAACGGCGAUUUUAACAUCUGCGAGCCCUCUCCGGCCUGCUGCUACCGAGCGGGGCGCGGUUGCAUCCUCACUUGCGGAGGUCAUUGACGUUUUGAAGUCUGAUGAUUUAUCUUGAGGUAGCCCAUGGCGGAGAGGGCCGGCCACUGUCUUCGAGAUCCGCCUAUUUUUGUCUUGUGGCGCUUGUCGCUUUUGGUUUUGAUGCGCGCGCCGCGCCGCCUAGCUUUCUUGCCAUUCGUUCUUGCCUCUUAGUAGUGUCCAUUUACUUUUAUAUUCUUUUUGACCUUUACGACUUCAGAGUUUAUGCGAUUAAGUUUGUAUACUUCGUUCCACUAAGUACAUUUUUUCAAUGCACAACGAAAGACGAACAAUGACAGCUACACAUACGUAACGAAGCAACAGCAUCUCUGUUAGCGGAAGAACGAAAGGCAACGGUAAAGCAGGCGCGUGUGGAUCUUCAUUGAAAGGAACAACUUGCAGCGACAGCGAAUGUCGGCGGAAACCCAGACAAGAUAAAGCCCCGUAGCGCACAGACGUACUCCUGAGGAUGAUGCCGUGCCCCUCUGUUAGCAGGAGCGUGUUCGACAUGCAGUCUGGACUUGAUCCAGAACUUCCGCUUUUUGUGCCACUAUUUCAGCAAAGAUUGAGAUAUUCUUACCGAAGUCUUCUCGCAAUAAGGUCCCCCACUUGACGUUGACUGUCC